AUGGCAGGAACGCUUACCCGAAACCGCAGUGCUGAACCAGGAGUCGCGGUCAAAUAUACACCGUGUGCUAAAGGGGAUCACACUGACGACGAACUAGAGGAAAUUUCAAUUGUAGAAAAGCAAGAACAUGGCGUCAUCAGGGACAACCAUUCAGGAAAGGAUAUCUCCAGUUUUGAUUCUGUGUCUAAUCAUGAUAUGGAUUCCAGGAACCAGACGCCGACCGCUAAUGGUCCACGCCUUACUGGAAUUGGAGCUUUUCAAGCUUACCCAUCCCCGAAAGCAAGAUCUCAUUCGCAUUCUAUAGGAGCGAGAUUGAGUUCUUCGGGUGGGAGGAUAAGUCUAUCUUCUCCUGUUUACUCAAGUAAAGUGGUUGAGCAAAAAUCACGGUCAACAUCUCAGAAAAGUCUAUUGGAUCUGUUUGGGACGAGGUUGGACCGCGGGAAAGGAAAGAAAAGUUUUUCGUCCAAAGAUGAGAAAUUGUUACUUACAAAAUCAAAAUCAAAAGAAAUUCUUACGGCAAGACAAAUACGAAAGCAGAGACAAAAAGAUAUCGAAGAAAAAUUUGGUAAGAAAAGCCAAAGAACGAAUGAAAUCCGUGAAUCGAGUUCAGCUCCUAGUGAUAGGGAUGGGUGUAACUGGACUUUCGUGUUUGACCCGGCAGGGCGCUUUGCCUACUGGUGGUCAUCCGUUGUAAGCGUCGCCUUUCUCUAUAAUUUCUGGGUCAUUAUUUACCGGUUUGCAUUUCAAGAGAUAGAUUCCAGCAAUCAUGGAGAAUGGUUCGCCCUUGACUACACAGCUGACUUCCUGUAUAUACUCGAUAUCGUGUUUCACUUCCGGACAGGGUACUUGGAGGAUGGUGUUCUCCAAACAGAUUCUGUCAAACUUAGAAUACAUUACAUGAACGAUACUAUAUUUUACAUUGAUUUGCUCUGUUUGCUGCCGUUGGAUUUUCUCUACCUUUCCAUAGGUUUUUGCUCAAUUUUGAGAUGUUUUAGAUUAGUUAAAGUAUAUCGUUUCUGGGCAUUCCUAGAUCGAACUGAAAGACAUACAAAUUAUCCAAACGUUAUGCGAACUCUUAUGUUGAUGCAUUAUCUUCUUGCUCUGUUUCACUGGAAUGCUUGUUUGUAUUAUAUAGUUGCUUCUCGACUUCAAAGGUCUUCAAGCACGUGGACUCUACCAAAGGAUGAUGGUAAUGUCGCACGACAAUACCUUCACGCGCUGUACUGGAGUACUUUAACAUUAACGACAAUCGGAAACCUGCCAUAUCCGGUUACCAUUAAAGACUAUCUAUUCAUCAUUUUUGAGAUGAUAUUUGGUCUGCUGCUUUUCGCUACUGUUCUGGGUCAUGUUUCCAAUAUUGUCACGUGCAUCAGUGCAGCUCGAAAGGAUUUCCAAGCCAAACUUGACGGCGUAAAAACCUAUAUGUCUCUCCGUCGGGUACCUCUUCGACUCCAGGAUCGGGUGAUUAAGUGGUUUGACUAUCUAUGGUACUGCAAUAAAUCUACUGACGAAGAAAGAACCCUGUCCCUCCUUCCAGAUAAACUCAAGGCUGAAAUCGCCAUCCACGUCCAUCUAGAUACCUUGAAACGAGUGGAGGUUUUCCAGAAUACAGAAGCAGGAUUUUUAUGUGAACUUGUCUUACGUUUAAAACCAGUAUUAUUCUCUCCAGGGGAUUUUAUAUGCAGAAAAGGUGAGGUGGGCAAAGAAAUGUAUAUAGUAAAUAGAGGAAAGUUACAUGUAGUUGGUGACAAUGGAAAAUCAGUGUUAGCUACAUUAAAACCAGGGAGUUAUUUUGGUGAAAUCAGUAUUCUAAAUAUGGGAACUUCCGGAAAUAGACGAACUGCUUCCGUCAGGUCCGUGGGAUAUUCCGAUUUGUUCCGACUAUCAAAAGAAGAUAUGUGGGAUGUACUUAAGGAAUACCCACAAGCACGUGUAAAAUUGGAAUCUAUUGCUGUGAAAAGAUUGGAGAAAACAAAACAAUCACCUAUAGAAAAAGCAACCUUAUCCCGGAGUAAGAGCACACCAGGUCUGGUGGAAUCCGACGGGAAGGUUCCUUUAGAUACCAUGAUUAUUUCUAGACACCAUACACUUCCGGCCGGGCUUCCUGUACCUCAUUCCCAGGACUCUGAUCAGGGCGAGGAGCCUCACACGUCCGAGGCCCCGCCCGAGAAUCAGGAAAGGAUGGAUGGUGCUAAAGAUCCUUCUACACCCCCUGUGGAAAUUGCCACGGUGGGAACGAUGACUAAGUCAUUGACAAUAUCGAGUAUGACGUCUUAUAACGCGGGGUCCCCGCCGCUAUACUCAGAGACAAAAUUCACGAUCAGCCCUCCCCCUUCACCAGGAUUGGUCACCCAAGCUCAAAAUGUGUCCCGUCGGGGAUCUGCGUGUGCUCCGUUUGGACAGGAUGUUUUAUCACGAGGUUCACCUACACAACUCUCGCCACUCCAUCUCGCAUAUUCACCGUCAUAUCCCGCGAGCCAACAAACCCAUCCUAUGAAUUUCCUGUCCCCUUACUGUGCCUCUAACAGUCUCCAUCCGCCGUCCUCUCCAAUGGCGAUGGGAAGGGCGGACAACCUUUCGUCCUCCCAAACAAACCUCGCUUCGCCGCAAACACAUUCGGCACACAGUCUAUUUUAUCAACAACAACCCACAAUGCCAGUUUCUCCUGCUAUGACGUCCAAUAUGGCUUCCGUGAGUCCUGCCUCAUUUUCAUUCGACACGUCACAAGAAGUGCUAUUACAAGAAAUAACAACAUUACGACAGCGGUUGAUUUCUUUGGAAUCAGAGAACGCCGCCAUGACAGUGAAGCUAAGUCAGCAACAAUGGAAUGUUGAACACAGACUUGCGGAACUUGAAAUGCAUAUAUGCCACAGCUCAAGUGUAGCAAGUACAACCAGCCAGGACGAAAGGACGGAGCGAUUCGACCCAGUAAAUCGCGAAUCCAUUAUAUGA